AUUUAUCUGCCAAUCUCAUUUUCGGUUCGUUGGUUGCAUGACCAGGCAGUUGAUUUCACAAAGUAGUAAGGUAUUGGAUUAAAAAACACUCUGGCUGCAUUGAUAAACAUAAUGCCUAGGUACGUUUAUAUAUGCGUUUCUUUGCUAAUUACCAUGGUAACAGUAGUGAAAGGUCAUGGACGCCUGAUGGAACCACCGAGCCGUUCUUCAAUGUGGCGCCGGGGGUUCAACUCGCCCCCAAAUUAUGACGAUAAUGCCCUGUAUUGCGGAGGAUUCAAUACCCAGUGGAGCAGGAACGGCGGCAAAUGCGGCGUGUGUGGUGACAACUUUGCGGACAAUCCGCGACCCAACGAACCACGCGGCAAGUUCUAUACUGGGAUCAUCGUACGCAAAUAUGACGUCGGUCAGCUGAUUGACGUAGCCGUUCACUUGACGGCAAAUCACAAAGGAUGGUUUGAGUUUCGUCUUUGCAAAAAUGACGCCGUAAACAAGACUCUAGAGCAAGCUUGCUUUGACCAACAUCUCUUGCAAGACAACCGAGGAGUGAAACGGUUUGAAAUCAGCAUGGGUAUGGAGAAUAUCAAGUAUUCUCUAAAACUUCCGGCUGGUGUUACAUGCCGCGCAUGCGUAUUGCAGUGGAGGUACAAUACCGGAAACAGCUGGGGAGUAGAUCCCGUUACCCAAAAAGGGUGCAUUGGAUGCGGGCCUCAGGAACAGUUUUACGGCUGUUCAGAUAUCGCUAUCGGCGCUUCCGAUGUAACAACAGGACAGGUGUCACCUAAUGUACCGGUAGUAGUCCCGGAAGGCGAUGUCGAUGACCGGAAGUGGCAGGAUCUCGUGGGCAAAUCGGAUUGCGUCUGCCCGCAAACCUCUCAGACCUCAAGACCUCAGAGCGGACCUCUAGCCCCAAUUUGUUUUGUAUUAACGCUGUUCAUUCGAUUGUUAUUUUUCUAAAGCCGCAUUAUUCAACACCAUAUCUAUGAAAAUCAAACCAUCAGAUAAUUCUAUAUAUUCAUAAUUCAUUGUGUGACCGUUUUACUUCCUAUUGAUUGUUUUCGUAAAACACUUUUGCUAUAUGGUUAACUCUGCUCUCUCCAAAGAUCUUGCUUAUCAAUUUCCAGCUCAUUUGUAUCCCAUGUAAAAAUAUUCCUCAAAAUUUAGUGCCAUAUAUUGACUUUGCUGUUGACGUAUGAAGACGUCGACAUCAUUUUUUGUUUAUUGUCUUAACAUGUUUACUGUACAUGUUUAAGUUCCUGAUGAAGUUAUUAUGUUUUAUUUCAUAUGAUAUAUUCUUGAUUUGCAUUAAUAUGUUUUCCUCACGUUUUUAUAAUACAAGUUUGGGUGUUUGUUGAAUGUGGUCAAUUUAUAUGCAGUUAAAAUAAAAAAUAUAUAUUUAC